UCUGAGCCUGCUGGAAGCAGGGAGAGAGGAGCCAGCUCCAAACGGGAAUCCGAGCCUGCUGGAAGCAGGGAGAGAGGAGCCAGCUCCAAACGGGAAUCCGAGCCUGCUGGAAGCAGGGAGAGAGGAGCCAGCUCCAAAGGGGAAUCCAAGCCUGCUGGAAGCAGGGAGAGAGGAGCCAGCUCCAAAGGGGAAUCCAAGCCUGCUGGAAGCAGGGAGAGAGGAGCCAGCUCCAAAGGGGAAUCCAAGCCUGCUGGAAGCAGGGAGGCCCGGCGGUUCCUGUCGGAGGAGGAGGAGAGUGACCCUGCAACCAGGGGCACAAAAACCAAAUCCCAGCCUCCUGCCAGGGUGCCUUCCUCAAACAGCAAAGUGCCAAACAGACACAGCACCAGAAUCCUGGGAAUGGCAAAGGAGAAGCGAGGAGCAGACGCUGCAGAGCUGCCCAGGUACGAGCAGGCUUCCAAGUACUCCCUGAGGUCAGCCAGGAAGCCUUUCCCAGCCAAGCACUUCACCGAGGAAUCCUCAGGCAAGGAUGAGGGAGGGGGAUCCAGUGAUGAUGAUACCCCACUGCUGAUCAGAAGGAAAAAUAAAUCUGUGUUAAAAGCGGGGCCUCAAAACUGCAGAUCUCGCUCUGACUCUGACAGAUCCCAGGAUGGUGCAAACAAGACGUGGGGUGAGCCAAGGACAGGAAAAGCCUCCCGGAAUGUGCCAGUGAGGCUGAGUGGGACCAGUGACGAGUCUGAGCUCACCACCGAAGGAAACACUCCUGCCAGUGGGUCCAGGGACUCCCUCCUGCCUGGGGAGGCUGUGAGGACACGGAGCAGAACCAACCCCCCCAGGUGGUGUCUGGAUUUCGACAGCGAGCCCGAAACCAGCAAGGAGGAACUUCCCACGAAAGACAGGAAUGCAAAAGUACCUGGUAAAAAACCAGGGGCUGGAGCUCCCAGCACUGCCAAGUCUGCAGCAGCCAGAUCGAGAGAGCCUGAGAGGGCAAGGCAGCAGAAACCUCUGGAGCUUUUUCCCAGGGCAGCUGAUGGUUGGUCUGAGAAGGAAUUACAGAAGCUUUACAGGUUUGGUGAAGGGGAGAGGAACUGCAGGAAUGUGCAUGUUCUAAGUGUCUGGAGGAGACACCAGAGGAAAAAAUUCUUUGCAGAGAGGGUGCUCAGCCAUUGGAAUGGGCUGCCCAGGGAAGGGGUGGAUUCUCCGUCCCUGGAG